AUGUUGGCGAGCGAGGGCGCGCAGGCAACGCUGGGCGCCAGCGCGGGCGGCGCGGCGGCGGCGCGCGCGGGCUUGCUGCUGCUGCUGGCGGAGCCGGCCGCGGCCGCCGACCCGGACCCCGCCGCGCUCGCCCUCUACCCGCACCCCGACGUGCUGGCUGAGGCUAUCGCGGCGCUGUGCGAGGCCAAGGGGUGGCGCGAGGCGGUGGUGCUGCACGAGCGCAGCGCGCGCGCCCUGCCGCAGCUGGCACCGGCCGGCAGCGAGCUCACGUUCCGCGCGCGCCAGCUGCCGCCGCCGCACGACGACGACGCGCUGCGCAACCUGCUGCUCGUGCUCAAGAAGUGGGGCGCGGUCAACUUCGUGGUGUGGUGCGGCGCGGCGUGCAGCGUGCGCGUACUGGACGCGGCGCAGCGCGUGGGGCUGCUGGCCGAGCGCCACGCCUACCUGCUGCCCGCGCUCGACCUGCACACGCUGCCGCUCGACGACUACAGCCACGGCGGCGCCAACCUUACCGCUCUGCGGCUGUUCGACCCGCAGUCGGCGGCUGUGGUGCAGGCGAUGGAGGCCUGGCGCGAAGAGUACAAGAACCGAUUAGGUGAUGCGGCCGACGAUGAAGAGAUCGAGCAAAUAGUCGCGAACCCGCCGACCGCCCUCCUGCUGGCGUACGACGCGGCGCACAUCGUCGCCGAGGCGCUGGCGCUGCUGCGGCUGCCGGCCGGCGCGCCCGGCGCCUGCGAGCGCGGCACAGCCGCCUUCCACGCCGACACGCUGCUCAACUACAUACGCUCGCGCGAGUGGGGCGGCGCCAGCAGCGAGCUGCCGCUGCGCUGGGAGGCGGGCGGCGCGCGGCGCGACGUGGCGCUGCAGGCGGCCGAGCUGCGCGCGGGCGGCGCGCUGCGCACGGCGGCCGCGUGGGCUCCGCGCGACGGGCUCGCCUGGCGCCCGCGCGACCCCGCGCCGCCGCCGCCGCGCGACUCCAUGGUCAACCGCACCUUCGUCGUGCUCAUCGCCCCGAAUAAACCGUACGUGAUGAGACAACAGUCGACCGAUCGGCUCGCGGGCAACGAGCGCUACGAAGGUUUCUGUAUCGAGCUGAUCGACCGGCUCGCGCGGCAGCUGCACUUCAACUACACGUUCCUGGAGCAGCCGGACGGCCGCUACGGCUCCUACAACAAGACCACGGGCCAGUGGGACGGCAUGAUGAAGCGCCUCAUGGAGGAUAACGACAUCGAUUUCGCGGUGACGGACCUGACAAUAACCGCGGAGCGCGAGAAAGCGGUGGACUUCACCACGCCAUUCAUGAACCUGGGCAUCGGCAUCCUGUUCCGCAAGCCGCAGCCUCCCAAGCCCGCGCUGCUCGCCUUCCUGCUGCCCUUCUCCAGCGGGGUGUGGCUGUGCCUGGGCUUCGCGUACCUGGGCACGUCGCUGGUGCUGUACGCCGUGGGGCGCCUGUGCCCCGAGGAGUGGCAGAACCCGUACCCGUGCGUGGAGGAGCCGGCCGCGCUCGAGAACCAGUUCACCAUCUCCAACGCGCUCUGGUUCAUCCUGGGCGCCGUGCUCAUGCAGGGCUCCGAAAUUGCGCCCGUCGCGUACGGGUCGCGCGCGGUGGCCAGCGCGUGGUGGAUCUUCGCCAUCGUGAUCGUGAACUCGUACACGGCCAACCUGGCCACGCUGCUGGGCACCAAGACGUCCAACGAGCUAAUCCACAACGUGCGCGAACUCGCCGAGAACGACCUCGGCAUCACCUACGGCGCCAAGUCUGGCGGUUCCACCUUCACUUUCUUUGAGCUUUCGAACAAUGAUUUGUACAAAAGCAUGUAUCAAAAGAUGAUGCAGCAGGAAAUGCCAUCGUCCAACGAAGCAGGAAUAGAAAAGGUGAUGAAGGAACAGUACGCAUUCUUCGCGGAGUCUACCACCAUCGAGUAUACCAUUGAGCGGAACUGUGAAGUUACUAUGGUCGGAGAGCUUCUAGAUAAUAAGGGUUACGGAAUUGCCAUGAAGAAAAAUUCGCAGUACCGGCACUCGAUGAACCUGGCGCUGCUGAACCUGCAGGAGUCGGGCGUGCUGCGCGAGAUGAAGCACCGCUGGUGGAAGGAGAAGCACGGCGGCGGCGCCUGCCAGCCGAACGCGGACCCGUCGAACGACGAGAUGACGAUGCGCAACUUCCUGGGGCUGUUCCUGGUGCUGGUGGUGGGAUGCGCGCUCGGCGUGGUCGUGUCGUGCUGCGACCUGGCGUGGGCGGCGUGGCGGCGGCCGCGCGACCCCGCCGCGUCCUUCGCCGCCAGCUACUGGGCCGAGCUGCGCUUCGUGCUCCGCUUCGACCUGUCAGAGAAGCCCGUGCGCGGGCCGCUGCUGCCGCCGCCCGCACCGCGACCGCCCAGCGCGCGCCCCUCGCCCGAGUCAGCCGGCGGCGCGGAGAGCGAGGAGCAGCGCUCGCCGUCGCGCCGCUCGGCCCGCUCCGCCCGCUCGGGCCGCUCGGCGCGCUCGAGCCGCCGGCCCAGCGCACGCCGCUGCUCCAUGCACAAUGCCAGCUUGCGACUCGCUCGACACACCACGCCGACGCCCAGAUAACUAUCGUAGUUUACCGUGGACGUUCUUUCUACAUUUAUUAUACAGUUUCCGCAGUAAUUUGGACUGAAUAACCUAUGAUUAAAAUAAUAGUAUGUCCUGUCUUCAGACAGCCGACGAUCGCAGUUAUAGUAGAUGCGCUUGUUUUAGACGAAGAUAACCUCGUCGUUACGAGCGUUUAGCCGUUCUCGAAGAGGUAUACAGGGGUGUGGCGUAACUUGGUAUUUUGAGAUCCAGGAUAUUGUGGCGUUUCAGAGAAAUGGAAUUUGUGUUUUCGACAUUUUUCGAAUGUACGAGCAAGUACGUACAAAGUGCAAUAAGGCGCUUUGCUUGCAUAUUUCGUAACCCAAAUUAUUUCCAAUAUUUUACACUUUAUAUUAUAUUAAAUCAGUUCAUCGCUGACGGUCAUUAAGAGCACCUCGCGUAAUAUAGUUAGUUAUUAAGUUUUUAUAUUUUAAUAAUUCUUUGAUUUAAUAUUCUAGAAUUUUUCGAGGGAUUUUUAACAUACACAACAAUCUUGCAUUUUUCUGAAACGCCACAUUUAUUUUUUAAUAUGUAAUGUUUAAAAUUCCGCUCCACCUAGUCGAUAACAUCGGAUACAUUCUACAAGGAAUAUUUAUAUUGUUCUCAAUAGAUUUUAUUAAUGAAUCUUAUAAUUAAGUGUUGAAUAGUAUUGUUAUUUUAAAGUUGCACUAAGAAUGUAUUUAAAUAUGCCAAUAUAAGUAUUUACUGACGGUAAA